ACUAUCUGCGGUUGAUGUCUUGUUGGUACAGUAUAUGACCCCAUACAUGACAACAUACUAAUACAAGAUGGCGGUCUGUGUCGCUGUCAUAGGGAAAGAGAAUUAUCCACUGUAUCUUCGGACCGUCUCUCCGGAAGAGGAGUUGAAAUUUCACUACACAGUUCAUACCUCGUUAGAUGUUGUCGAAGAAAAAGUGUCAUCCCUGACUAAAAGUUCCAAUGAUCCUCGAGAACUCUACCUUGGUUUAUUAUAUCCCACUGAAGACUAUAAAGUGUAUGGGUAUGUUACAAACUCCAAAAUCAAGUUUGUAAUUGUAGUUGAGUCAGCAAACACUGCAUUAAGAGACAAUGAGAUAAGAACGAUGUUUCGCAAACUUCAUGUGGCUUAUACAGAUAUGUUCUGCAAUCCUUUUUACAACCCAGGAGAAAAUAUAACAUCAAGGCGUUUUGAGGAGGCAAUUGUAAAAAUGAUGAAAGAAGAUUAAUCAACAGAAUCAGUUGCAGUACUUGGCAAUUACAUUACUUUAGCUGUGUAGCUGUUUGUGAAUGCUUUCAGGCAGGUUAUGGCAUUGGAAAGUAUGGUACUAUUGAGAACAAAUUGACUCAUUGGAAAAAUCAUGAUGGAUAUCACAGACAGCCACAUUGACCAGGCAUCACUAAAUGCAAUCUUGUUGAUUUUCAAAUUUAUAUUGUAAUGUAGAUUUUGUAACACAGACCAGAAGAAACUCAAAGAAACAGGCCUGCUAAGCAAAAGUUGAACAUGUGGAGAGGCCACCACAAACUUAAGGAAUGGUCUAUGAAAAUACAUUGUAUUUUAUAGAAAACAAAGACAUUUUCCAGUCGCUAUAAAUGCAAAAUGCAUGAGGAAAACAGGUAGAAACCCUUGUGAGUAGGUCAAAGCACACAGAUGUCUACAAUCUGGAAGGAUCAAGCAAGCAAUUUCUUUAAAAAACAGUGCCCCACACUUGGUUUUAGAGGUGUGAGCCUGUUACACCCUAACAUCAGAAUCCACUUUCUCCAUAAUCUUCUGCAUAAAUUUCCACUAGUACUUACAAGGAGAAUUUGUUUAACAAUCAAAUCUUUUCCUCAUGAUCUUAAUGAAGCAUUCAGCUGUAUAACAUUAAGGAAAAAUUUCAAGCUGGUCACUUAGGAUCUGAAGGGUUCAUGCAGCAUUAUUCUAGACUGACCGUGCCUCUCUCUAAACAAAAGUAUAACUACAGAAUGGUCAGAAAAAAAUUGA